UUUACUACGCUCACGAUACGUGCGUAUGAUAGUUUCCAAGCAAAGCUAUUGUAUAAAACUGUAUCGUAAUUUUGAAGAUUGUUGCAUUCGUUAAGUUUGUUGUUUGAUUUUCUUUGUUUGGCAUUGAGGAAUGAGUAUUCUUCGAGUUAUUUCGAGACCAGCUGAAGAAAACCCACCUAGAUUUGAUCGUGGAAUCAGUCGAUCUUGUUGUAGAAAUUUGUUCGGGCCAAUAGAUCACGCGGAACUGCGUAAAGAACUGGAAUAUGAAUUGAGACGUAUUGCGGAUGAAAAGAAACGAAAAUGGAAUUUUGAUUUUGUGAAAGUGAAACCUUUACAGGGAAACUUUAAAUGGGAAAGAAUUAUUGACGGUGAAACAAACAGUGUAAAGACAAACAUUGAAACAAAUUUGACUGAACCUCGAGACAUUCGCUCAUUACCGAAAGUUGUAACGAAUACUACGAGUAUAAAUGCAAAUUCCAAUCAUGAAAGCAAUUUUUUCAAAACACCAGAACGUUAUAUAAUCAAACAAAGACGAAAAUCGCCUCGCAUAACAGAUUAUAUACGAGCUCGAAAAGCAUGCAGCACAUCACGAAAGAUAAAAUUUUCAAAAAGCAAAGAAGGGGCCACGAAGUCCAAGUCUAAAGUUUUUAAAAGUGUCCAGACAGAACACCAGGGGGGCGAAAGACAAUCAACAAUUGAGCAGUAUACGUUGAAGUUGCGACCUCGACCUAGACUAACACACGGAACAAGAAGAUAAAAUGCAUCAUAAUGUUGGAAUGUGUGCAGAAAUUGAGGAAUUUAUGCAAGCAUCGAGUCUUCGGGCUGCUGUCAGAUCAGAUUUGACUACGAAUUAGAUUAAAAUUUAUAUUCCACUGCUAUAGUUACGUAUCUGAGUGAAAAAAAACAAACAGAUAAAUUAUUUAUAUCAGGUUGCAGAUAAAGUGUAAAAUAUUGUUGAUGUUAUAAGAAGAGAACGUUUGUUUUCCAAAA